AUGCCAAGCGGCUAUAGUAAAUAUCGAGGAAGAGACUUAACUGCUUUCACCUUUAAUCCACUGGCUAGGUUUGGUGACGAGUUCAAGCCAUUAUUGCUGUUCAACGAAAGAGUGGCAGAGGAGUUGGCAGAAGCAGGCCAUGAUGUUACCAUUAUACUGAUUUCUCCUCAAAGUGAUCGAGACAAUAGCGACAUCAAAAUCAGCAAAAAAGUCAAAGCCUAUGUUGUGAAUGCAACGAUUGGCCUCUCUCGAAAAGAGAUGGAGGAAGAACAGAAAGAAACUGUCUUUGGUGAAUUGUCUGGUUUACGUAUGAUGAAAAGAUUUUCAAGACAAAUCUCCUUGAUCACUGACACUUGUCGUGCCACUCUUGAGCAUAAAGAACUCAUUGGAUGGUUGAAGUCGCAGAAGUUUGACUUAGCAUUCGCUCAUAUGUUUGAUGUUUGUCCCAUCGGAUUGAUUCAUGCCGCCCAAAUACCAAGCAUUGAAAAUAUGGAUCAUUACAGUGCAACAGUGGUGGAUUACGUUGCCUACAUCACAGGGAUCCCAACAAUACCAAGUUAUGUGCCACCCGUAUUUAUGAAUGCAGUUGGCGAGAUGAAUUUCAUACAAAGAGCGAAGAGUUUGAUUGGGCAUGGACUUAUAAAGUUUCUUUGGAAAAGGUGGAUUGUUGAGCCAGAAAUGGAUCUUUUCCGGACUUACAUAUCUCCCGACUUUCCGGAUAUUCUAGAACUGGCUGGAAAGUGUCCUUUGGUAAUCCAGUCUAUUCCACAUUCCUGA